CUUUUGGCCUUUUAUCCAGAAUCUAUCAUUCUGGGAAGAUAUUUUCUUCAAUUGAAUGAAAAUGGCUUUGGCGGACAAGAGGCUUGAAAACCUUCAGAUCUACAAAGUUCUCCAGUGUGUUCGUCAGAAGGACAAGAAGCAGAUCGAAAAGCUCACCAAACUGGGAUACCCUGAACUCAUCAAUUUCACUGAACCCAUCAAUGGAGACAGUGCCCUUCACUUGGCUUGUGUGGCUAAUGACAUUGACAUGUGCAAUUUUCUGUUAGAGCUUGGUGCUCACCCUGAUGUCCAGGAUCGAAUGGGGCGUACGCCAGUGAUGAAAGCAGCUGAGCUUGGCCACGACUUAGCCCUGGAUGUAUUGGUCCAGGCAGAGGCAGACAUGACCAUUGUGGACGCAGAAGGAAAAGGUGUGCUGUUCUACUGCAUUUUGCCCACCAAGCGGCACUACCGCUGUGUCCAGAUUGUCCUAGAAUUUGGAGCAGAUGUUAACAACUGCACUCUUGAAGGGAAGCCUGUCUUUGUGCAAGCUUGUGAGCAAGCCCACGAAAUCAAAGAGAUGUGUAUGACAUUCUUGGAAAGAGGAGCCAACCCGAAUGCAACAAACCCAGCAACGGGCCGCACAGCCUUGAUGGAAGCAGCCAGGGAAGGAGUUUUGGAAAUAGUCCGUGGUAUCCUUGAGAGAGGAGGAGAUGUGAAUGUUUUUGACCAUGAGAGACACCAUGCUGCUCAUUUUGCUGCCAAAGGAGGGUUUUUUGAGAUCUUGAAGCUUAUUUCUGCCUAUAACGGAGAUGUAGGCCUGAUAGCAAUGAACGGAAACACACCACUUCAUUACGCUGCCGCUGGAGGUUUUGCAGAAUGUUGCCGGUUCAUUGGUCAAAGAGGCUGUAAUCCCAUAUGGAAGAAUCUUGAGAAGAAGACAGCAAGACAGGUGGCUAAAGACAGUGGCUCCAAAGCAUCUGUCAAGGAGAUCCGUAAAAUUGAGCGCCGCUAUGCCAAAUUUUUAAAACCCAAACCUGGUGUGAAGAACCCCAACCCACCCUGGGCGGUGAGGUUGCAUGAUUGGUCCGUAGAGCAUCAGGAGAGUCUUCAUGAUUUAUUUGGGGCAGUGGACCGAGGUGACGGGACUGUCAGCAGAGAAGACUUUGUCUCCAUCAUUGAGGAGAAGUGUCCAUUCGUGGAAGCUGAGCAAAUACAAACGAUUGCCCAGGCCCACGAGAAGACACGGGCCGGAGGGGUCAACCCUGAAGAGUUCCUCACAGGGAAACGGUACUUGCAGAAACCUUUUCUCCUUUCAUCUUAUGGUCCCAAGAAAAAGAAGGGCAAGAAAGGGAAGGGCAAGAAAGGGAAAUUUGCCAUCCCCAUGCCCAUCUGCGUCAUCCCUGACAGCUCGCGCCCGCGUCACCCGGAUGGCGGGCCACCAGAGUACAUGAUCGAAACCUAUCAGAACGUGACCGACUGUAAUCGGUUCAACCGGGAUCACCCGCCCGAGCAUCCCAUUCAAGAUGAUUCUUGGUGGUACAUUGACGACCCUAUGAAGAACUUUUCAAACAUCAAUUACCUUACGAAAGAUGGAGACCUUUCCUCCCUGAAAAAAGCCUUUGAGUCCGGGGUGCCAGUGGACAUGAGGGACAAUUUCUACAAGACUCCCUUGAUGGCUGCCUGCGCCAGUGGCAACAUAGAGGCAGUGAAAUUCCUUCUGGAAAAAGGGGCUAGUGUGAAUGCAACGGAUAAUUUCAUGUGGACACCUCUCCACCAUGCCUGCCAUGCAGGUCAGCAGGAUAUUGCUGAACUGCUCAUUAAUUCUGGAGCAACAGUAGAUGCUGCUUCAAUCAAUGAUGGAACUCCAUUAAUGAGAGGAAUUGAGAGUUGUCGGCUGGACACCGUACAGUAUUUAAUCAACACUGGUGCUAAACCUCAAUUGGCCAACAGAAGAGGACAAAAUGCGCUGGAAAUCGCAAAGGCAUAUGCUGACAAUCGGUUGGUUCACUUCAUUCAAGACACAUUGGACCGUUUGCCUCAACCCCCGGAAACCAAGGUUGAUAAGCAGAAGGGGAAAAAAGGAGGCAAACCUAAAGCGCCCACCCAAGCCCCAGGAGCCACGCUGCCGCCAGCUUCUCCUAAAAUCAAGUCUGCUGAUCUUGAAGCAAAGGAGCCCGUGAAAGAUAAGGUUCUGCAGCCACUGGAACCGGCCAUGGAGAAGUCUCUCUUUGAAGAGGAAAAAGAAUCCCUCAGGGAUAAUGUUGUCCAUCUGAACUCACUGAUAACCAGGGGAGCUACAAGGAAACUGAACAUCACAUUCACACCACAGAGGAUUUGGAGCCCAGAAUUGACAACAAAGGAUCUCCUUAAAAAGAGGGAGUUGCGUCGUCAACGUUUUACUUAUGAAGUGGAUUUUGAGGACUUUAUGAUGCCAUUUAAGAGGAAUUUUAUGGACAAAGUCCGUGCACUAGAACAGGCGGCUGCCUUGCAUUAAUCAUGAAGCAGUUUCAGCAUGGAAGUACGGGAAAAAAUGAGCCCAAAUCUCAGGAGAAAUAGGUUUGAGAGGCCAUAAUCAUGUUGUUUCUAAUUGUGAUAAAAAUUUUGCUUCAUUCUUCAGUUGUGUAAUUUCAGCACAGCACACACUUGACACUGUGAUUGCCAUUGUGCCUUGCUUACAAUUUGGACAUGGAUCUAGGAUGUUUGCAGGGCAAAUAUCUCAAUGCAUUCCCAUUGACCUUUUAUUAACCUUUUCCAUUCAACAUGAUCUUAUAAUUUCCUCUCAUUGCUUAGAAAAUAGACUCUAUCCUCCUGCAGAAACUUGAAUCCAGUUAUUUCCAGGUGCUAUAAAUAUCCAUUGCACUGACUGGUGCGACCAGUACUCAAAUCUAAGGCAACUCUAGGAUUUGUACAGGUGCUAAAAAUUCCCCCUCAAGAAACAUGUCCUCUUACUAACAAUGAUAUGUGGGUUGUUUCGUAUUUCCCUGAAGAGGCAUUUAUGGUGAAGUGUGGCUUGUAGAGGAAAGUGAUCUGGGGUUCCUUGUCAUUCACUUCCCAGAGCUUAGAGAAGUGUCUCUUUUUUUGGAGCCCAGUUCAUUAGCCAAAAUGGCUAGCGGCCAUGCUAAAUCUUUGGCCUUGAGGCGUUGUUUUCCAAAAGCAUACCAUUUAGACACUGUGACUCUUGACUUCAUCCUCCAUCCAGAUGUGUCCCAAAAAAAGAGCAUCAAUGAGGAUGAACUGGAGAAAAGUUAAAACCAGGGUAAAUCCUAAUCCUGAAAAUGUUCUUUAGUUUAUAUAUAAAUAAGCACCUGAGGCUGUUUACAAGAAUUACAUAAUGCUAAAAGUAUUAACUAAUUUUUCAUUUUAUUGCCCAUGGCGAGUGAUGGAUGUCUCCAUAUUUGCUUCCUUUUUCCACCCUUGGCCCUGGCAGUACCAGAGCCACAGAAAAUGGUGGUAAUUUCAUCUGUGACAUAUAUAUAUAAAUA